AACUGAUAGAAGCCAACCUCUUACUUAUAUUUAUGAAAAAUAUAUUCCUGGUAUGGAUUACUGGUACUUUUCUGAAUGUGACAUAACUGUGACCUUUCGUGAUACUCCCAUGAAAAUCGUACACAGUGUACUCGUCCAAGUACAAGAAAGCAUCCAUCAUUUAGCAUUCUAGGUUGCACUUGGAAGAUGUUUAACUCUUGGCAUUAAUAUUUAUAAAGAGCAUACAUUUCCUGUGCUAUAUUUUCUCCACAAAUGGCAUGCCUUUAGAGUUGGGGAAUUUCAAUGAUUGUUUGACUUAACAAUGAUAAUUGAAGUACUCUUAAACACAUGAAUGCUUCUUAAUGACUCAUAUGAGUGGCUCACAUCAUAAAGGGUGAGACAUGCAUAGUGUAAGGCAAAAAGUGGAAGGGAGUGCAUCUGGAUUUAUAUGUUUUAGUUUUAUCAUUUUGUAGUUUCUCUGGCUGUGCUGAAGAAUGAGCCUGAUACAACAGUUUUGGUUUAUUUACCAAAAGAGGCACUGGUUUGAGCUCUUAGAUCAGAGUAAAUCCAAAACAGAAGAAAUGCCACUCCGUUUUUCUCAUGGACCUUAAGAGCUAAACCAAAAUUUUAAAUGAUUUCUGGUUCCUAUGAAGGAGUGGUGUCUUUCUGUGUAUAGUCUAGAGUCUAGAAAACAAAUCAAGUAAGAACUUUCUAACACUGCGAAAGCAUUGACUUUUGGUCCACUUCUUUCAGGAAACAGGAACCUAGAACCUUCUAUAAAAAGUUGGGAGAUUUAUGAGCUAAAGAGAAGACUGAUGCCUGUAAGUUACUGCUGAAAUUGCAGUUCCUACUGGUGAAAAAAGAGAGCAUUAAAAUAACUUGAAGGUCUAUUUUACUGAUGACUAAAUGAAAAGAACUUAAUUUUUAAACUUCUAAAAUUAGGAAACAGAGUCUUCAUUAAAAAAUACAGUUUUCCAACGUUGGAUGUGCUUAUUUGGAGCUCAGUUUUUCUGCCUGACAUAUGAAUACAACUUGCUAAAACUCCUGGAUGAGAACACUGUAGUCUUGAGGAUCUGUGAUUAGAUGAAUUUAUCAGUCUCCAUUGGUAAUGUCUCUUCUUUUUAACUUGGUAAGGGUUUAAAAGUUUCUAAAACAGAUGCAGUUUUUCUAGUCUUACACUGACAAUAUCAUUCCAAAUGUCCUCUGAGUCAUACGCCAAUUACAGGAGUCCAUUUUCAUUUAUCUAGCCUCCAUACACUUCAGAACUGAGCGGGCACACUCCCUGUAUUAUUUCCAGUUCACCAACAGGAAGAUGGCUCGGCUCCAUCAGCCUUGAGCUGUAAACGGUCUUCUAAUGUGUUUGAUCCGCUCACUCACUCAUCUUUUAUGUUGACACAAUCUGGCUUAAAGAACUUAGUUCUACCCAGAAUGAGAAGCUCCUUCUCAUCUUUGUAUCUUUCUGUUAUCGCCUGGAUUUUAGUAGGAUCCUGAGCUCCAAUCAGUAUGACGUCUUCCUGAUGAGGAAGGGUGCAGGCAGGUGGCUGCAAAGCAUAGUGUCCGGGGUGCUUCCGGUGGUGGCCAUCCUGAAUAAGCUUUGUCAUCACUGACCCAAUAGUCUACGUGCAGAUGGGCAACUGUGAAGAAUGAGAAUUUGUUAUACAUUUAGGAACCUAUUAGGGAAGGGAUGGGUAGAUGAGCUGAGUUCCAGGUUCAUGAAUUAGAUUUAAAUCUUGUUCUACAUAUUCUUACAUGCUUCUUAUAUAGUCUUAAAUAUUUUCUCCUACUUUUCCACCUUAGUAAAUAAUAAAUAUGAUUAACUUUUUUAAAUGUUUAGGAUUUCCCUGGACAUCUGUCACCACAUUGAAUGUCAGGCUUCACUGACUAGUGUAGCAGCAAAUUUCUCCCUACCUAUCAGCAGCUUCUUAACAAUCCUGAUUCUGCUGCUAUUUUUUGACAUUAUAAUUCAGUGGGUCAAUAAUUUGAAUGAAGGAAACCAAAUCCAGCUAAUUGUGGCUUCUGGUUAAUUACAAUAAAAUCAAUGAAUGUCCUUAGAUUUUGAAAUUGCAAUUGCAAUUGUACUUUGCUUUUUUUUAAGGUAUUAAAAAAAAAUAAAAGUAUAUCUUUCUAUAGAUAGACAUAGAAAUAGAUAUAGAUAUAUGGAUAAUAAUUAUACCACCGCAUGCUAUAAUGGUUAAGUAAUGAUUUUUUGGUAGAUGGCAUAAUGCUUUGUCCAUAGUAUGUGUUUGCAUAUUGUGUUUGUACCAAUAUUUCAAUUCUUUUCUUCCCAAAACAAAAUAGCUUUUAUUUCACACCUUAGAACUUUCUACAACUCUGGCUAUGGCAUAAAUAUAUGUGUGUGUACAGAUGAGUAGCAUUUACAAGUGAAUAAAAUUAAUUGUACUUUAAAAAUCUUAGAUUAUUACUUUAAAAGUUUGUAUUGCUAGGGUUCAGAGUUCACAUGCAUGUCUUUGCAUCUCUGGUACAUCAUUUUCAGGUAACCUGCACGGCCACCUGAGAUUUAGCCAGCUGACACUGGAUGUCACCAUUGUGCUGUGUGACAUAGCUGCAGAGCAAGUGUGCAGUUUAAUAUUCAGGAAACAGCCUCUUCAAGUGUUUGGAGGUGUGUUACCUUUUCCCCCUCCUGUAAUCUAAGUACCCUUUCACUGUAGCACUUUUAUUGUAACUUACUUUUUCAGUUUCUAAUAUCUGAGCUCUGUAUCAUAGUGAUGGGGAAUGAUGAAAUAACAUUUAAUAUUGUUAGCUCAGAACUGAGAAACUGAAAAUUCAAAAACUGUGCAAAGAAACCAUCAGGGCUCUUGGUUGCAAACCAGAAAAUUGACUCUGGCUAACUUAAGUAGAAAAGGAAUUUACUGGAAGAAUUGGGAGCAGCAUUAAGAAAUGGUGGGAAAACUAGGUUUGGGAAUGGGAGAAUCCAGGGUGCUAGUACUUUGGCAAAGUUCAGGCUGUAGUUAAGGCCUUCUGGCAUUGCCUCUGGUCAGGAGAUACAACCACUGGUGUUCCUGCCACUGGACACACAGCAUCUCUCUGUGCCAGACCCCUUCCCUUCCCAGAAUGAGAACAGGGUUUUCACUGCUUCCAGCUUCAGCUCACCUAAGGGCCAGUCCCUUAUGGGCAUUUGCAGGUGGGAGUACUCUGUUGCCCCAGGGAGGGAGGAAGAACAAGUAAGGGGCCUUUCUUGCAGACCUGUACAGAUGGUGGCUCUGCAUAGCUGAGAAGGGGAUUCACGCGCCGGACAGCCACAACAUGCCGCUCUUCCACCGUGGUUCUGUUCAGUCAGCACCCGCCAAGGAAAGGUAGCCUUUGUGUGAUGGAAACACCCUUGAACUUGGUGUCCAAACAACAAAGGUUUGAAUUUGAGCUCUGUCAGUUUUACUGUGGUCUUGGGUAACCAGAAUUCACAAUGACAACAGUAACAGUGACCACAGAAAUUCCCCCAAGGGGUAAGACAGAAGAUAAUUCUGCCUUGUAUGAGUCCACAUCAGCUCACAUUAUUGAAGAAACUGAGUAUGUGAAAAAGAUUCGAACUACUCUGGAAAAGAUCCGAAAUCAAAUUUUUAAAGAUGACAUAGGACACAACAGUGCAAAUCACAAACUGGAUAUAAAGCACUGUGGGAACACUCAGAAUGGCUGUGAUUCUGAAAUGGAUUCCUCUUGUUGCAGUUGGGACCUGCUCAUGGAAAGGGUGAAAGGAAAAAACCUACAGCUUGUAGAAAUGAACAAAGAGAAUGAAGUAUUAAAAAUCAAGUUGGAAGCCUCCAGAGAAGCAGGAGCAGAGGCUCUGAGAAAUGUGGCCCAGAGAUUAUUUGAAACCUACCAAACACAGUCUGCAGAAGUUAGGAAGAAGUAUGAGGACAGUAAACGCCUACUCCAGGUUAACAAACUUGAAAAAGAACAGAAAUUGAAACAACAUGUUGAAAAUCUGAAUCAAGUUGCUGAAAAGCUUGAAGAAAAACAUAAUCAAAUCACAGAAUUGGAGAACCUUGUUCAGAGAAUGGAAAGAGAAAAGAGAACACUGCUAGGAAAAAAACUGUCUUUGGAAAACAAGCUGCUGCAGCUCAAAUCCAAUGCUACAUAUACUAAAAGGCUGCAGACUCUUCCAGCUCCAAGACUGGAUAUAGGAGUAAAAAGAGAGCCCAGGGACUCACUCCUGUGUCGCUCCUUGGAUCCCAAGGUCCAGAGCUGCCAAGGUCUUCAAAAGGAGAUUUCCCUUCUCCAGGAGCAGAUCUCUCAUCUGCAGUUUGUGAUUCACUCCCAACAUCAGAACCUGCGCAGUGUCAUCCAAGAGAUGGAAGGAUUAAAAAAUAACUUAAGAGAACAAGAUAAACAAAUUGAAAAUCUCAAGGAAAAGGUGAACAUUCUUGAAGCCCAGAAUAAAGAACUAAAAUCCAAGGUGGCACUUUGGUCAGAAACUCCUAGGACAGUGGUAUCUCAGGCCGUGUCUACAAGUGAAUUGAAGACUGAAGGCAGUACCCCCUAUUUGAUGCUGAUAAGGCUACGGAAAUGAGCUACCUGGGUGAAGAUCCACAUGAGAAAGAUCACUAUCUGGGUCUUAUUCCUUGAAACACAGUCUAAACUUGCAUGUUAAAAUGACUCAAUGCCAGUUUUUAGUGGAAUUUAUUAUACAUCAGUAGCUUUGCAGGAAGAUGACAUUCCAGACAAUCAAACAAAUAUAUAUUCAAAAGAAGGAACUCGUUCUUCAAACCUUACUAAAUGGGUGAAGAAGUGAUGUACUUUUCCAUGAUGGAAGAUGAAUUUUGCUUUAAACGUAAAAAAAAAAUCUGAAUCUUCACAGAUUUUUGCUGAAGGGGGUGGCUUAAGGUUAGGAACUUCAACAUUUUGAUACUGUUAUGCAUAUAAAUAGAAAGAAGAGUGUAUAUGUGUAUGAAUAAGUGAUAUUUUAAAGUCCACUGUUGGAUAACAAGAAGUAGGUAACAAGAAAUAUAUCUUAGCGUGAUAUAAGUUCAUCUCCUGACCCAUUGUCAGUGGGAGAGUCAUUCUCUACUGAAUGUGGUGCGGGAGGAGCAGGUUCUUUCAGCUCACUUCUCCACCUACACAGCUCUCCAAAGUUGCAAAUCGUGGCUGCCUCAACACACCGUAAGAAGCCACUGUUCUUCCCCUGAGAUCGAAAAUUGGUUGCUAGAGCCAAUCCAUACAUAAACACCGAAGAAUGAGCUUUGUGUCUCUGUCUUUGAGACUCAUUUUCUAAUUGAUAUUCAUUAUAUUACCUAAGUCAAAUAUUUGGGAAAAAGAUAGAACACAGUGCUAUUGGCUCAUAAUUCCAUAAAAAUGUAUAUUAUUAUGGGUUCAAAGGAAGAGUGGCUGCUCUCUGAAUCCAGGAAGAAUAUGAAUUCAUGGUUUGGAAUUAUAUACCUAGUGCUUUUGUGAAAGUGUGCUUAAAUUUUGACACAUGAGUUCAAUACAGGUGGAGUCUGUGAGUGCUGUGAGUAAAGCCAAAGUCUAAAUUGUAGAAAUGCAAAAUACUGACACUUAGGAAAACAACACACUUCAACUGGAGGACUAAUGGGAGACCUUAGUCACCUGAAAUGGUGAAUUACUUUUAAGCCUUUUGCUCUUCCUCUCUGGGGUGUAACUCUAAACAUUUCCCAGGGAAGUCUCUUCAAGCCUUUCAAUGUGGAAUGUGAAAUAUCAGUAUUAUCUAUGACAUAUUUUAAAGUAUGUACAAAUGAGAGGAAGAAAUGUAUUCAUAAAUUCAAGGUACUGUAAUCCUUGAAAUGUUACAUAAUUGUGAGUUUUAUGCUUCUCGCUUUUAUUGCUUGUUAGUUUUUAAGGUGCUGUUAUCUAAUAGCAUUUAGGGCAUACUUACCCUAUACCAGGGACAGUUUAAGUACCUAUCUGUAUUAAUUGCUUUAAUUCUGGUACGACAACCCUCAGAAGCAGGUCAUACUAUUAUCCCCAUUUUACAAGGGAUGAUACUGAAUGGUUAAGUAACUUGCCCUGGUGCGAACUGUGGAGCAAAGAUUGGAACCUUUUGACUUGACCAUCGCAAUUCCUCCUACCUGCUCCGUUGGUAAGCUGAUGCAUUUCUUCCUAGCUAUAAAAUGCCUCUCUUUUUACUACUUUAACAAAUACAGCUUCCUAGUUGGAUCUCUGCACUAUCCUGUGGUUCACAGUCAGAAACAACUCUUAACUAAUAAAGGAAAUAUUUUGUCGAGAUCAAGUGGCCUUUCACUUGUUGGAUGACUGUUGGGGGACCUUAGCUCAGAAAAACUUCCCUGCUAAAAACCCACUUAUGGUACAAGUGUUAUUCAUGAUCUGAUGCCACACUGAAGAUUUUUUUGUAAUACAUUCUCAGGAACAUUUGUAGGGGAGAUUGGGAUCAUGAAUUCUGCUUCAAGCAUUUGCAGUAUAGGAGGAGAAGUCACCUUUUACUUGGAGACACUUAAGUUCCUCUUAUGCCUCAAUCAUCCUGCUAGAUUGUAAUAAACAUGAGAUUUUGGAAUGACUCAUGUAACUGAGCUAACAAUCUGGAUGAUUUCCAUUAGAAUAAUGCAUACUAAAGUCAAAAAUGGAAAAACACUGUUGGAUUUCAUUUUGGCUCCCCUGUCCUCUUUUUGGACAUGGAAGCACAGUUGCACAUAAUACACAUGGGACCUGCCCAUGUGGCUCUGGAGAGAUUCGCUUUGAAAUGGUCUUUGGAUCUCCUGAGAAUAAGACCAAGAAGGAGUGUCAGAAAAGAUCUGAACUCUUCAAAUACAGAAGUCUCUUUUUCAUCAGAUUUCAUUUUGGUCAUCAUCAUUUAUUUAUCAGAGCAUCAUUUAUUUGUCAUAUAUGAAUUAUUUCCCAUAGCCUUAUUGUUUCAGUUUUUAUUGAUUGACAUGUUUUUUAAAUAAACAUUUCUGAGUGAUCAAUUACAAUGGAGAAUGAAGUGGAUUAGUCUAGAAGUAGUCCCACACAGGAAAUACAAAAAAACACUAGGUCAGUUGUAGCCUAGAUCAUUGUACUUGUACUAAUCAAUACAUUGGAUAAGAAGUUCUGAAGUGGGCCUUGAAGUGAAUGCAUGAAAGUGGGAAAUGGAGAAGAAACUGCAUCACUUUGCAUACAUUGCUAUAAAUCAUCAAGAAGUGUUUAAUAUAUUAUAGGCAUAAUAGGUAUAUCUUCUGAAUAAUUGUUUAUAAUAUGACUUACAAUAAAAAUCAUACUUUGUGAACUUUUUGUAUUUCUAUGUUAAAAUUAUGUAUAAUUUUUUAUGUGGUUUUAAGUAGUUUUUGAUUAUUUAUAAUAAAUGCAUUGUUUUCAUCA